UAUCGAUAUAUAUCAAAUUUAAGAUAUACUGAUAUCUUGAUUUUUAAGAAGUAAUCAUUUCUGAAAAAAUACAUUUGCAUGAUCAUUGACUUUUAUGUUAGAAUGUAGGCCCUACAAAAUAAGUUGUUCAGAAUAAAACGACCUUCAUUUUAAAUUGCUACUUAGUAGGCGUUGAAAAAAACUACAAAGCCCCUCGUACUGUUGGCUGCAAAUUCAUGUGCACUUGCAGUCGCCCUGUGAGGCACAAAAUACAACCACGUCCCCAGGGAGUUUCUAAAACUCAGAGAGCUCUCUCGGUGUUAUAGUAGGUAUUUUGGCAACAAGCACGUAAUUAAUCUCCACGUUGUUUCCACGGCACCUAAAGAAUUUCUUUAUUUCCUUGUCAAUCCACUACCUGGUGGCAAAAUUGAGGCCACCGAUAUGUUCUUUUCGUGAUUUAAUGUACUGCAUAAUGGCUGCUAGGGUGUACUACGUUCACCUUAUUUUUGUGUGUUUUAUGGUGAAUCUUUGGGCACCAGGAAACAGUCAACAAAAUACAACGUCGACGGUGUCCAGCACACGUUUAGGAGCAUGGAAUACCAGCACUGCUAGUACAACUUUCUCAAAUACCACUACCGCUAUCAGCACGACCGUUACUGCAGACUGCAUUACGCCUAAUGUUACUAAUGAUACCACUUCCACUAACAGCACGAAUGAUUGUAUGACGCCUACUGCCACUACUGAUACCAGUACCUUGGAGGCAACCACACCACCCAAGCCACCGCCAGUCGGUGCUAUAGUUGGUCUCUCGACAUCACUGGCGCUAGCAGUUCUUAUCCUGUUACUGUGUGGUCUACUUGUAUAUCUACGACAGAGGAAGACUACACGUUUUAAGAGGCCAAAUUUUUCAAAUCAAGCAAUGGAAAUGGAACCAACGAGAACAACAGAUUUCACACCCAAUGGGAAGUCUAUGGUAAAUGCAGGUGCUUCCCGGAGCCACGAUAACAAUUUCACCUAUUUCGUCAAAAGCGAACAUAUGAACGGAUCUGCCGCGAGCGACGCCAAUGAAGAUGGACAUGACUACCUAGAUCUUAGUUCUGCCGGUACACCACCCAAUGAGGAGUAUUCUUAUGCAUAUGCUUCUGUUGGUGGCAAGAAAGCCGAGAUGGAAUCAGGAGAACAGAGCAAGAAACAAAAACCCGAAGCCUUUGAGAUGCAGCAGAUGUAUUUGAAUGAUUUACCCUAACCAUGCAGCAGUGCCCAUAUUCGCCAUAAGGAUUUGAUAAAGUGCAUGCCAAAGAUUUAAUCUUAAUGUGGAGAUAAAUAUCAACUUUAAACCAUUUUGUGCAAAUCCUCUUUUUCUGCAAAAUUGAUGCCUCAAGCUUAUAGGAAUGCUAGACCGUAGUUAUUACAAAACAAAUUCAUCAGCGUUUUUUAAUUAUUUAUUAUUAUUAUUG